GAGAUGAAGUGACAAGAGUUAUAUUUAGGAGGGUCAGGAGGUGAGCUGCGGGAAGAAUGUCAGUUAAUUAAUCCACCCUUUGUCGUACGUAACAAAGGAACGUGGCUCCUAGUAUAUCUUGGAAGAGGGUCAGCUGAUAACAACAGGUCGAGUUGUGCCCAGAUAUUUUGCCUGAUGAUAUUUCGGUCACGAACCCUGGUGCCUGGCAGAGUGUCCCGUUAUACUUCUCAGAUAUCUGCUUUAAAAAAAAAUAGAAAAAAAAUGGAAAAAAACCCCAACAAAAUAACAAGGUACGAAGAACUAAAAUAAGUAAAUAAAAACGCAGUAACUCAUGCCAACGCAUUCUGAUUCACUGGUCUAUCUCUGAGAUUCAGACCCAUAAUAUGACCAGAACGGUGACCAUACUUUAAAAGCAUGUUUAUAAACACUCAUUUCAGGAAUCUAUUCGUCAAGGUGUAGUCGACGUGUCUGCUUGUUUAUGCCACAUUGUAACUGUGAUCGUCUGCGCCUAACUGUCAUCCUGUUAAGCAGUAUGUGGUCGACUUCGGAGAAGGCAGAAGAAGCUGAGAAGCAAGCUGAAAAAUGACCGGGUUACGGAAAGCGCCUUCACUUGGUUCUCAGCGAUGGAACCUCGCCAUUCUGUGUUUCUUUGGAUAUGUUGUUAUGUAUGCUGCUCGAGUGAACCUGAGUGUGGCCAUCAUCUGCAUGGUGCGCACACCACGUGUCAACGUCACUUCCGCGGCUCUGAGAAACGCUAGUAAACAUGGCCUCACCUCGGAAGAAAGUUCUGUUCUUCCGGAGAUGACCUCUGGCACCAUUACAGCAGAGGAGGAUGGGGCUUAUCAAACUGACUGUGGUUUAAACAACAUAAAUCAAGUCCAACCUUUAAAUGAUGACGAAUUCGACUGGGACAAGGAAACACAAUCUCUCCUUUUGGCCAUGUACUUCUACGGGUACAUUUUCACACAAAUCCCGGGGGGUUGGCUGGCCGGUCGCUAUGGUGGGCGGCGCGUGUGGGUGUGUCAAACCAUCUGUGCCCUCAGCACGCUGGCCACGCCCCUCGCUGCACGUGCCAAUGUCCAUCUAGUUUAUGUCAUUAGGUUUAUUCUUGGAUUAGCAGCGGGUGUCUCUAACCCCUGUGUUUAUGCCAUCAUGGGCAGGUGGGCGCCCAUACUGGAGAGGAGCAAGUUAAUGUCCUUCUGCACCACCGGUUACCCAGUUGGAAACGUUCUGACCUUCUCGCUGUCCGGCCUGCUGUGUGCUUACGGAUUUGACAGCGGGUGGGGAUCCAUAUUCUACCUGACAGGUGUAGGGAAUCUCCUGUGGGUCGUGGUGUGGUUUGUGGUGACGGCCGACACACCAGCUCAACACAAGAGGAUCAGCGAGGUGGAAAGGAACUACAUACUGAGUUCCAUUGGUGACACCCUCGAGAAAAAGGUAGGUACUGUCCUCGUUAUGCUACGUUACAUGUUUUACACAGUCGACCACACAUGAAACAGAUCAUAUAGAUGUAGCAGUUAUUUUUGGCUGCUUUUUCUCCAUUUGUUCCUUCGUCCAUCAUUGUACAUUAUAUCAUUAAACCUAACCCUAAAGAUUUUAUGCAAAUGGCAAGUCUUCAGACCGCAUCUCGUCUGAUCGCGUUCACUAACGUGAGUCUCUACACCACCGGGACACGGAAUAAGCUCAUUGCUUUCGACAUUAUCGUCAAUUAUAUAUUGUUUUGUGUGUUUUUAUCUUUUGUAAAGCACUGUGAGCCUGCCUUUGACGACUGCGGUAAAGUGCUAUAUAAAUACACUAUUUUAUCAUC